CUCUGGAUUUGUAUUGGCUGAGAGUGAAAUGUGCGUCAGCUUGUCAGUGCGUGGAGAGAUCACACUGAAUAGAUGAUUAACUAGGUCCCUGGGGAAGGAGAAGGAGCGGACAGGUCCCUCUCACUGUGACGAUGCGGGGCAUGCAGGGGAGUCUGUGGGUCCUACCUCUGGUUCUACUGGGUCUGUUAAAGCCCUGGGCUGCAGGCAACUCACUCAGUCAGGUGUGUGACCCAUCCAAAGAUGGCACGAUCUAUAACUACAAAGCUAAGACACUGAAUGGGAGUCGUUCAGUCUCCCUCAGUGAGUACAUGGGGAAGACAGUCCUCUUCAUCAACGUAGCCACUUACUGAGGACUCACCUUCCAGUACCUGGAGUUGAAUGCACUACACGAGGAGAUGAAGGAUUAUGGGUUUACCAUUCUCGGGUUCCCCUCCAAUCAGUUUGGAAAACAGGAGCCAGGAGACAAUCAUGAGAUUCUGGCCACUCUAAAGCAUGUCCGACCAGGAAAUGGAUUCGUUCCAAACUUCCUGCUAUUCCAGAGGGGGGAUGUGAAUGGAAACACAGAACAAGCAGUCUACACUUUCCUUAAAAACUCCUGCCCGCCGGUAGGGGACAGCUUUGGGAACCCCACCAACAGGCUGUUCUGGGAGCCCCUGAAGAUCAACGACAUCAAGUGGAACUUUGAAAAGUUCCUGGUCGGACCGGAUGGGAAGCCCGUGAUGAGGUGGUUCCCCCGGGUCCCAGUGUCUGAGGUUCGGGAGGACAUCCUCAAAUACUUCCGUCAACUCUUCUCCCAGUCCACCCAGCAGAACAUUGACUAAGGUUUUACUGCCGUUGUGUCCCAAAUGGCACCCUAAUCCCAAUAUAGUGCACUACUGGAAAUUAUCCAAUUGACCAGGGCACAUAGGGCUCUGGUCAAAAGUAGUGCACUAUAUUGGGAACAUGGUGCCAUUUGGGAUGCAGCCUGUGUUAUCAGGGCUGGGGUCGAUUCCAUUUCAGUGGAGUAAAUUCCUGAAUUGAAUUGGAAUUCAUCCAAACCUUGAUAGAAAGUUCAAAUUCAGCCUACAGAUUUAGAUUCACCUUUUAGAUACAUGAAAACACAGUGGACUGGUUUCCAGUGUCCAGAUUAAGCCUCUUUCUGGACUAAAAAGCACUUUCAAUGGAAAUUUUCCAAUGAGUAUGCUGUCAUUUUAUUCCAAGAGUAGGCUUAAUCUGGAUCAGGGAAACCAAUGUCAUACAACACUUUUUUUCCAUCCUUGUCAAAAACCUCUGACAAACCAUGUAUGUGUAGAAUAGAACAUCAUUCAACUGAUUUGUAGAAAUGUCAAUCAAUUCAAAUGAACGGCUGGCUGUGGGUAAGGGUCGCUGGUCGUAGAGGAGGUGGCAUGUUGUAUGAAGGUGAGGCUUGAAAACAGUGAGUCUGUGGUGCCAAACCUGAGUCUAGGGUCCAGGCCAGUCCUUCAGUGCAUUCAGGCUGGGCCUGGUAACCCUGGGAGCCAUGUUACCUCCUGGUCCUGCCACCCAGACCAGACGCCUGGUUAUCCACUGCUGCUGCCUGACUAAUUCAUGUCAAUAAAUCACGUCAGUGUAA